AGCAUAGUAGAUGGCUUCGGCUGUUCAGCAGCAGCAGUAGAUGGCUUCAGGUGUUUAGCGGCAGCAGCAAUAGCAGAUGGCUCUGGUGGUAGCAGCAGUAGAUGGCUCCAGCAGCAAUAGCAGAGCAGAUGGCUUUGGCUGUUCAACGGUAGCAGCAGCAGAUGGGUCCGGUGGUGGCAACAGCAUAUGGGUCCGGCAGCAGCAAGAAAUGGCUCUAGUGGCGGCAGUAGCAACAGAGGAGAUGGAUUUGACAGCAGCAACAGCAAAGGAAACUGAAGGUGAGAUGGAGGUGAGAGAUGUGUGAAGCUGCAGACAAAGAGAUGUGAGAUUGAGUGAUGGGAAUUAAAAUAAAUUAGGGUUAGGGUUAAAUGUAGGGGAAUGGGUUAGGUUGGGAGUUGGGUUGGGUUGGAUAGAAUUGGGUUAAAUUUAAUUGUAAUUGGAUUGGAUUUGGGUUUGGGUUUGGGUUUGGGUUUGGGUUUGGGUUUGAGUUUAAAGAAUAAAUUAAUUUUAAAAUA